ACAUACAUUGUAUCAUGGCCAGUUAAUAGAAACUCGACUACAGAGCAUUUGCUCCAAUCAUUUGUUGAUGAGCGAUCUAGUGAGGAUGAUCGUUAGACUGUUGUUUCUGAUUUGUUUUUUGCAGCUCUCACAGGCUCAGCCCAAAGAGUUGAAAUGCAAACGAGAGUCUGGAAAGAUUUGUCAGCUGGAUAUCCUGACCUGGGAAGUCUCUCCGAGACCGGUGAUGCCUGAUUUGUCGGACAAACAUACGCUCAUUAUUAGAUCGGGGAAUAUCCACAAUUUCUCUCAAAUUCUCACAUCCCACCUCGGCGAUGUGACUAAACUGCACUUUGGCCAACUGGGAAUCCGCUCUCUGUACAUCUCUCCGAAAUGGAUAUCGUUAAAAGCCGAGGCGAACCAAAUUUUUGAAUUGGUCAUCGAAGAAUUACCGGAUGCGGUGUAUGAAGAUCUAUCUUUUGAAGAUGUGAAUAUUGCUAAGGCUAGGAAUUUUAUCAAUAGAUCUUCAUAUGAAGAAAAUCCAGAUGAUGAAAAAAAUGAAGUUGAAACUACUACCCUAGCAGAUGAACCAAUGAAAAAACAGGACGUAAAUGAGCUACUUCUUUUGAAUCUAGCAAAUAACAAACUGAAGUCGAUAAAAAAUCUCAAAUAUCUGUCCAAAUUGCGGGAGCUGCUUCUGGACGGUAACCAGAUAGAGUUUAUCGAGAUGGAAACUUUCGCUGGAAUGAAAAAGCUUAAAAAACUUUCACUGACCAGAAACGAAAUCAGUCGCAUUUCAACGAAAGAUCCAACGAACUUUUUCGCGUUGGAAAAAUUGUCACUUGCUUUCAACAAGCUUAAAAUUCUCGAGAUUAAGAAUUGGGAAAUGGUGCAGCUGACUCAGCUGGACGUGAGUCACAACCAGCUGGUCCAGAUGGACGCGGCCACGUUGGAUCAGUUCGUAAGCUUGGAGAAACUGGCCAUGGCCAACAAUUCGUGGCAGUGUGAAUGGCUAGACGAAGCUAUGAAAGGUAUCAACGGUGCCUUCGUAUCGCUGGAAGAUUCACAGGAAACGUGCGCAAGUGAGCAGUACGAUGUGAAGGGCUUUUGCUGCAGCUAUUUCCACCAAGUAGAAGACGAUCCGGUCAACACCCUGGACAGAAUCAAGCGUAUUGAGGAGGCGAACCAACGCCUGAAAGCAGAUAUGAGCAAAAAUAUCGACUCGUUCCAGAAAGAUUGGUCUACAAAAUGGCAAACUUUGCAGGAUCGGGCAGAGCAAAAAAUGAAACCCUACAGAGAAAUGGAAGAAAAAAUGCUUAAAGAUGACAAUAGCAAAACGAAGAAGGCCGUCAAGGAUUUUGAGGCAUUGAUUGACGAAUGUCAAAAAUUGCUGGACCAAAUAAUAGCAGCCAACGCGAAGAACAAGGAAUACACUCAGAAAUUUACCAACUUGUUCCACGCAACGCUUGCGGAGAAGAACAAACUGAUGUCGGAAAUGUCGAAAGCAGCCGCACUUGAGGAGGAAAUCAAGAAAUAUGAGGUGAGUGUCAAAGCAGCAAAUAACUGAGUGGUAGACUAGCAGUGCUUUGUUGGGUUUCAAUAAACUUUUUUUUUUGAGUACAGUGAA